AUGUGCCAUCCUCCAUGGUGCCUUCCCCUUAAUUUCAUUUAUUAUGAUCUGCUCUCCUUGAUUCAUCAAUGUGCCAUCCUCCAUGGUGCCUUCCGCUUAAUUUUAUUUAUUAUGAUCUGCUCUCAGAUUCUUGCCAUCCUCCAAUGCCUUCAAUGUGCCAUUUAUUUUAUUUAUUCUGAUCUGUCUCCGAUUCAUCAAUGUGCCAUCCUCCAUGUUGCCCUUCCGCUUAAUUUCAUUUAUUAUGAUCUGCUCUCCGAUUCAUCAAUGUGCCAUCCUCCAUGGUGCCUCCCUUUUAAUUUCAUUUAUUAUGAUCUGCUCUCCGAUUCAUCAAUGUGCCAUUCUCCAUGUUGCCUUCCGCUUAAUUUCAUUUAUUAUGAUCUGCUCUCCGAUUCAUCAAUGUGCCAUCCUCCAUGGUGCCUUCCCUUAAUUUCAUUUAUUAUGAUGAUCUCCGAUUCAUCAAUGUGCCAUCCUCCAUGUUGCCUUCCCCUUAAUUUUAUUUAUUAUGAUCUGCUCUCCGAUUCCUCAAUGUGCCAUCCUCCAUGGUGCCUUCCCCUUAAUUUUAUUUAUUAUGAUCUGCUCUCCGAUUCCUCAAUGUGCCAUCCUCCAUGUUGCCUUCCGCUUAAUUUCAUUUAUUAUGAUCUGCUCUCCGAUUCCUCAAUGUGCCAUCCUCCAUGGUGCCUUCCCUUAAUUUUAUUUAUUAUGAUCUGCUCUCCGAUUCAUCAAUGUGCCAUCCUCCAUGUUGCCUUCCUUAUUUUAUUUAUUAUGAUCUGCUCUCCGAUUCCUCAAUGUGCCGUCCUCCAUGUUGCCUUCCGCUUAAUUUCAUUUAUUAUGAUCUGCUCUCCGAUUCCUCCAUCCUCCAUGGUGUCUUCCCCUUAA